CUUUCACCUGCGCUCGCGUUUAAAGGCAUUUUGUAACUAAUGAUGGCUGCAUCUUUGGUCCGGCUUUUCUCAAAGUCGUGCAGGAAUAUCUCUCGACCAUGGGGUGCAUGUCAGGCUGGAUGGAGGAGCAGUUCAUCCAAUCCUGCCCCAGAUGUGUCCUCAGACAAAGCAGUUGGUAUGGUCUACUUUCCUCCACUGCAGACAUUUUCAGAGGAGCAGAGCAUGAUGAGGGAAGCAGUUAAAAAAUAUGCCCAGGAGCGAAUUGCCCCACUUGUGUCAAAGAUGGAUGAGAACUCUGCCAUGGACGAGGAAGUGAUCACAUCUCUUUUUGAACAGGGUCUCAUGGGCAUUGAGAUUAACACAGAGUACAACGGCACUGGCUCCUCCUUCUUCUCCUCCAUUCUGGCCAUUGAGGAGCUGGCGAAGGUGGACACCUCUGUGUCUGUGGUCUGUGACGUCCAGAACACGCUGAUCAACACGCUGUUCAUCAAACUAGGUACAACAGCUCAGAAAGAGCAGUACCUCAGCCGACUGUCAACCGACAUGGUUGGAAGCUUCUGCCUCUCUGAAGCAGAGUCGGGGAGUGAUGCCUUCUCUCUGAAGACGCGUGCUGAAAAACACAAAGACUAUUACGUCAUCAACGGAUCCAAGAUGUGGAUCAGUAAUGCAGAGCAUGCAGGUGUUUUCCUCGUGAUGGCAAAUGUCAACCCCUCUUCUGGAUACAAAGGCAUCACCUGCUUCAUCGUGGACCGGGACACGGAGGGUCUUGAGAUCGGCAAGAAGGAGAACAAGCUCGGUCUGCGUGCGUCCUCCACCUGCCCGCUCAACUUCGAUAACGUCAAGGUACCAGAGAAGAACAUUUUGGGCCAGGUCGGUCAGGGGUACAAGUAUGCCAUCGGAAUGUUGAAUGAGGGGAGGAUUGGAAUUGCUGCUCAGAUGAUCGGGCUGGCACAGGGCUGCUUUGACCACACUAUUGCUUACACCAGGCAGAGAGUCCAGUUUGGACAACGCAUCUUUGACUUCCAGGGCAUGCAGCACCAAAUAGCGCACGUGGCAUCGCAGAUCGAAGCUGGUCGGCUGCUGACCUACAACGCGGCUCGUCUGAAGGAAGCUGGGCGACCUUUCAUCAAGGAGGCCUGCAUGGCGAAAUACUUCGCUGGAGAGGUUGCAACCCUAACCACAUCUAAAUGCCUGGAAUGGAUGGGAGGGGUCGGCUUCACCAAAGACUACCCCAUAGAGAAAUACUACAGAGACUGUAAAAUUGGCACCAUUUAUGAGGGCACAACAAAUAUUCAGCUGUCUACAAUCGCCAAGUUCAUUGAUAAAGAGUAUGAUCACUGACACCAUCGGACUGGAGCCUGAUGGAUCCCAAACCUGUGUUACCCUCCAUAUUCUUCCCCUCAAAUGACUGAGUGCAUUGCUGUAGAUCUGCAUUCAUGUUUCUAGAGUUUUGUUGCAGUUAUAGAUGUGUGUGACCGAUAUCACCAAUGUGUUCUCUUGUUAAGUGAUUUACACUACUGAUGUUACUGAUGGUGGAGGUACAUUUCUUCAGUUUUUGGUUUAAAGGUGAUGGUACAACGAUGAUUUUUCGAGCCUGCGAUCUGACUAAGCCGGUCGAGGACUUAUUGUUUCCUAUUUAUAGGGCCCGAGACCCGACUAAGUCGGUAAAGGAUCUAUUGUUCUUCGAAUGUUUGUUAUUAUUAUUAUUAUUUGCAGUAUAUUCAUAUUAUAGUGCCAACUAUGACCGAUUUACUUGAUGUUUGGCACACACGUCCGCUUGGGUCUUCACUAAAAAAUGCUUCUCAGAGACCAUUAAGCUCCGCCUAUUUGGAUUUUCCGCCAUUUUGUCUCCUCCUAAACGCUCCUAAAAAUCCAAUCCUUCGAAGCAGCUACAGUCAAUCGCUCAUUCUCAUUUUUAGCCUUUUUUUCAUAUUUUGGUAAAUUGUAAAAAAAACUCCUUCGUUGAGAUUAAACCGAUUAAUAAAAAAUUCGGACAGAAUGAUCUUGAGACUUUAGCAGUGAAAAGUUAUUAAAGGAUUACAAAAAUAAAUAAAACUGGGCGUUCGAAGCAACGGUAAAGAAACACAAUUUUCCAUGAACUUGGAAGAUGAUUUAACUCAGCCGUACAUUAUCUAAUCUGCUCCAUAUGUUUCAUAUGUCAUGACUUCCCGACCCUUAAGACAUGCAUAUGAUCAUUUAGAAUUGUAAGCAUAGUGCCACCUAAUGGCAACAGGAAGUUGCAUGUUCUCUACUUUUACCCCUUAUCCUCACAGAUUAAUCAGAUCCCUCCCAAAAUGUCUCCAAAUAGACUUAAGACCUUGAUAAUGCUUCCCUGUGAAGAUUUUAAUAAUAUGUUGAAAGUGCGGCGAUUCAUCGGCAAGUUUGAUCCAUCGCCGUGAACGAAUAAACCAAUGUAUCUCCACACAAUCAGAUGCUUUCCAAAUUCCACAUGUGUGAUGAGACUCCAGGCCUGAAUACAUGUACAUUCCAAUGUGAUAUUGUAGUCCGAGCACAUGGAAACGUAAAAAUAACUCUCAUUGGAUCAUGCUCUAAACCUAACGGAUGUCAGACAUUUUGACUUUUGUGUAAUUUGUUCACUGUUUCUUCUUCUGCUUUUUGAGAUAUGGUGAUGAAUCAUGACGGCACAGCAUAACUGAUCCAUACGUUUCAAAAUGAGAAUCUUGAAAGAUAUUGAUUGGGAUUUUCUUUGAAUUUGUCCAGUGCCUUCAGGGUCGGCUAUAUGACCUGAGCUCAAUCACUUAAUAGUGUGUUGUUUACACAGGCUCCCAAAUAGGUCAAUUACAACAUAUUUACACACUUAUAAGCUCCAUAAAUACUGUAGAGUUUCUUAUUCGGGGAAAUGUGGAAAUUAUUUAACAUAUCAAGAAAUAUUCUAUAUAGAGCAAUAUACCAAUAACUUUGGCAAUACCAAUAAAUAUGUUCGUGCAA